AUGGCCGACAUCGCUGAGCAGCACGACCAGUCCACGCCGAAUGAGCUGGACGAGUCACAGUCCAUCGGCAACGGCGCGGCGGCUGAGGGCCGUGGCACUAAGCGUCCUCGCAACCCCGUGAUGGACGACGAUGACGAUGAUGAUGAGAAGGGAGGUCGUGAGCGUCGCAAGAUUGAGAUCAAGUUUAUCAGCGAUAAAUCUCGUCGCCACAUCACGUUUUCCAAGCGUAAGGCUGGCAUCAUGAAGAAGGCCUACGAGUUGUCGGUUCUCACUGGCACGCAAGUCCUGCUGCUGGUUGUCUCGGAAACUGGUCUUGUCUACACCUUUACCACGCCCAAGCUGCAGCCUCUCGUCACGAAGGCGGAAGGAAAGAACCUGAUCCAGGCCUGCCUGAACGCGCCGGAACCCGCGUCCGCUGGCGAGAACGGCGUCGAAGAAUCCAACCAGGUAGAAUCUCCUGAGGAGUCUGGCCCGAGCCAUCUAGCCUCGCAGCAGACACGACUGCCACCAAAUGCACACAUGGCACCAAACUACAUUCCCAGUGUGCCCAUGGACCCCAAUCAGGCGCUGGCCUAUUCCAAUUACGUACAGCGCAACAACCAAUACGCCAUGCCUCAGCAUUCUGGUCACCAGUCAUGA